CGAUUCGGGCAAAUCGCGUUUCAAAGACAUUUUGAUCAUCACGGCUUCCGUUCUACUUGCGCGUGUCUGCGGAAGGUCAAUCAUGGCAGCCUGUGGGAGAGGGCUCGACAAAUUAAUGUUCUCGCUGAGGUUAUUACGAAACCUCCAGCUCCAGAAUGAACGGUUCCUGUCCACGUCUAUGUGUCGUCUUGCUGUGGGGGGCAGCAGCGAACAGCCUCCAAAAUUCACUCCUCCAGCGAAACCUGUCAUCAUAGAUAAAACACAGACUGUGGCAUCUCUGCGAAGCCAUCUGAGCCCAGAGUUCAUCCCUCCCAGACAGAGAACGAACCCGUUCAAGUUUUACAUUGAGAGGAAAGACAUGAUCCGUAGGAGGAAAGUGCUCAAUGUCCCCGAAUUCUACGUAGGGAGUAUCCUGGCUGUGACCAUGGCCGACCCUCAUGCCAGUGGGAAAGCAAACCGCUUUGUUGGCAUCUGUAUCCAGAGGGGCGGACACGGGCUGGGAGCCACAUUUGUCCUGAGGAACAUCAUUGACAACCAAGGUGUGGAGUUCUGCUACGAGCUAUACAGCCCUCGUAUCCAGCAGAUUGAAUUGCUGAAGCUGGAGAAGAGGCUGGAUGACAACCUGAUGUACCUAAGAGAUGCUCUGCCGGAGUACAGCACUAUUGACCCAGACAUGAAGCCUGAGCCCUUCUCCCCCACAGGAGAGGUGCCUAUCAACAAGCUGAAGGUAAGGAUGCGCCCAAAGCCGUGGUCCAAACGCUGGGAACGACCCAAGUUCAAAAUCCAGGGCAUACGCUUCGACAGGUCCCUGACCCCAGAGCAGAUGGAGCACGCCCAGAAGUGGGCAAAGCCUUGGCUGGAGUACGACAUGCUGAAGGAGUAUGACACAUCCAAACUGGAGGAGCAGAUCCUCAGUGAGGUCCAGCAGGAGAUGAGCAAGUGAAGUACAUUUACAAUCUAUAGCUUUUCACGACUAGGAAAAGACUGAAAUAUGGAGGUUUGCAGGGAUGUCGAACACUCUGCUGCUCAUCAGUUUAAGUUAAUCCUGAUGGUUUACUGCAGUCACACCAGUGUAUAUAAGGAGGAACCGAUAUGGAAACUGGUGAUCUACUUAGAGGAAUCAUGCCGCCUUCUCUUUGUUUCGUCAGUCUGCUGUACAUCACGAGUUGUUAAUGUAACUGUCCUGAGUUAUGACAUUUACAACUCCAUCCAUUACAUAGUUUCUACAAUAAAUGCUAUUAAACCUUA